AAGGGGGCGUGGUCAGUGUCAUCGGGUUCUGCUCACUUUCAAGCAGUUUCUGUUUUCUCAGCUGGUGCACAGGACGAAUCAUCUGGGUUAAAACUGUCCUGUUUCUUUCCUUUUUUAGAUGUUCCAUGAAACUGGGCUGGAUUCGAAGUGGAGGAAAAUGCAUUUGUAUGAAGUUGUUAUGUUGGCGUUGUUUCACUUCUCAUCGGAGGCUGUUCCACUUCCUGUAGAAGCCAUCAUAGUUCAGAUCCAGCAGAGGGGAGUGGUUGGAGAUCAGCAUGUCACUGAACACGUUCUUCUGAAUGGAGUUUCUCUCAGAAGUCCUACCCAGGAGGUCAAAAACAUUCUUAAAACCUUGUCCGCUGGUCCUCUCCUUCCAGCUACAACCACUUUUAACCAGAUUUCAGCUCUAAAGAACCACACCAUCAUUCGGUCUCGGGACUGCAUAAAGGAGGGGACUUUGUUCCACUUUUCCGAUCAUGUUUUCUGUGAUGGAAAGGUCUGUCUGACCCUAGAACACAACAACACGUGGACGGCCCACAUACCACAAGCAGAGGCCCUUAAAGUGGUGUUGGACCAGCAGCUAACUGGAGCUGAGGGGACCAGCCUCUGGGAGGGGUGCAUCCAGCUCAUGAAAGAACUGAAGCUGUCAGGGGAACAGUCAGUUUCACCAUUUGCUUUGAAUCCAGUUCUGGUUCCAGUUUUGGCUAUCCUGACAUUUUUUGGGCUAAUUCUACUUAGUAUGUUUGUUUCAAACAAACUGGGUUUCAGACACCCUGGAGGUGUCAUCGGUUCUGUUAUCCAUUAUCCCAAGGACGUGGACACUGUGGAGUUAAAGAGCCGUGGUUACAGCUUAUUGUGAUUCAAAGUGCAAUCUCGUGCUUAGAAAUUCAUGUCUGCUUAUUGAUGUAACCAUAUACUCUGUGUGGUCAGUGCUGAACCAUAAAACCAACAUAUUAAAGGAGUUUUGCGAGCUUUCUGCAGCCUUAUGAAACACGUUUACAGUGAUGUUCUGUUUGUUCUGAUAUCUUUCCAGAAAAAGGGUUUUGAGGUGGUUGACGAAUGUUUCCCUGAGUGUGAAGUGGUGUAAAUAAGGAAAGGUUGCUUCAGCCUAAACUGGUCAAAACACUAAGUUGUUUAUAAUGUUUGAAAUCAUGUAACAUAGUCUAAUAAACCAUCUUAUUG